CUUUGCAGUACAGCUGUUGUCAUUUUGUUGUAGCCAAAUUCACCGCAUGCGAACAAAAACAAAUAUUUACAAGAAACUACUCGCAAAAUAACACAAGUUUUGAAUUUAAAUCCUCAAACAAAAUAUAAAGAUGGUCCGUGUAAUAACUCAAGAGACGUACGAUGAAGUCGUGAAGGAAAACAUCGAAGAAUUUGAAAUGACCCCCGAAGAAGCUAUCAAAGAGGCAGUUGCUCAAUUUGAGGCACAGGGAGUAGACCUAUCAAAUAUAAUAAAAGACCUGGCUCUUGGUUCCGGAGAUAAUCAUGUGGUUACAGAGAAUGUUGCGAGGUUGAAGGAACUGUGCAGCGGUGAUAAAUAUGAUCAUGAUGUAGUUUUAAAGGAAUUGAGUGUUUUAAAGGCAGAAUGUGAAAAGGAUAUUGCCCGUAGAGUCCGUGCAGGCAAAGAAGGUGCAUACAAGGUGUUAUUGGACCUCCUUUACUCCAAGUACAGUAAGCUCUGCCAAGAACUAAGUGACCGUGAUACAAAGUUCAUUAUCAAUGUGCUGGAAACGAUAACCUCAUUAAUGGAAAUGCAGCCUGAUUUGCUAGAUAGUAAGGGCGUGGAUUUGAUUAAAAAUAUUCUAGAUAAUGUGGAAAACGAAGAUAUUUUAGUAGCUACAUUGAAAUGGACGACAACAUGCUGUGUCAAACAUGAAAUGAACAGACAAAAACUGUUUGCUAAGAACAUCGCUGAGAAUCUCAAAUUGUUGCUGAAAGUCACUGGAAAUUAUAAGUUACUAAGUGAAACACUACAAGUGAUCAGGAAACUGACAUUAGACGACGAUGUUCGCGUCGAGUUCGGUAAGGCACACGACCACGCCAAGGAGUUGGGAGCGCAAAUGUUGGAGCCACUCACUAAUUUGUUGAAAGAGAACACAAAACCUCCACUAGUAUCGGAGCUUAUGUUGACUAUAGCGAGUCUCCUGGUGCGCCACGAGCUCUGCAAGAUGGUGGCGGACUGCGGAGUCGAUGUACUGUUCACAGUGCUCGCGGAUAACUAUGAUAAUGUUACCGUAGUGCAACAAGCUGAUAAAUUAAUAACAGCUUUAGCAGGACACGACGAUGUCAAAAGAGAUCUGGUGAAAAGCGGUAUUGUUCCAGUUGUAGUCUCCAUACUGUCCAGGCAUUCAAGUAAUGCGAACGCAACAGCGUUAACACUAAAAUGUAUAGCGGCGCUGUGUCUCCGCGAGCCGACACAUGGACAACAGUUCAUAGACAGCGACGCGCCCGAGGCCAUAGUGGAAUGUAUGAAAGUGCAUCCUGAUAAUGCUAAUGUUCAGAAAAACGCCUGCUGGGCCAUUCGCAACAUGGUAGCAAGAUGUCGCGACCAGAACGUGAAAUUCCACGAGUUGGGAGUCGAAGCUAUAUUAAACGCAGCGUACGAUAAAUUCGCGAGUGAUUUCGGUUUCGAUAUCAAAUCUGCUUUAAGAGAUUUGGAGUGUGAUGUCAAGUUGGAUGAGCAGUGGACUGGACAAGGAGUGCAGUUGGAACAUUGAGACUCCAUGAAUAGACAAAAGUCUAUUUAAAAACGUAUCACAUCAAGGUUGAGUGAUAACGGAGAUACAAAUAUUCCCCAAGUGGCCUGGAACUGGAAUACUUCACUUUGUCACUGUCAUGCAAGUUUCGGAUUAAAAUCUUUUUAGGCCUUAAUUAAUGUGUAUAAAUUUGUUCAGGCCCCUUUUCCAAUCAGCUGACGAUUAAUCAUAAGAGAUUAUUAUUAUCUAAUAACAAGUAUCGGACACUAAAAUAUGUCCAAAUACUAUUUUAAGUCGUACUUGAGUAUAUUUCUGUCACUAUAAUUCUGUGAAAAAUGACAGAGGCACAACUUAAAUUGUACGUUUGCCUCUCGGGUACAGUACGCUGGUAUUAAUGCUACUAAUAGUAUAAACUAAGCCAACAAUAAUUAUUUUAUCGUGUCCGUUACCCAGGCCAGAUGCUGUCGAAAAUGGUCAUUUAAAUCUUAUAGAUAAUUAGUUGUGAGGCUUCAGUAAUUGUUGCGCAUAUAGUUUUUUAAUUAUUUUCACAAAAACAUUUCCUACUGGGGUAACGUUAUCCCAGUAGCUUUAUAAAUUAGUUGUCUAGAUGAAAUAAAUGUUGUGCUUUGUUCUCUAUCUGGACAACUAACUUUAUAGCUAGUAAUAAUUUAAAUAUUCCCAUAGGAAUAAAAAGGUCUGGCUGUGGGGUAACGUUAUCCCAACAGGAAAUAAUAAUGGAAAUGUUUUUGUGAAAUAAUUAAAAAAAUAAAGCGCAAAAAAUUUAAAAAUGUGCGCAACAAUUU